CCCGGGCGGCCCAGGGCCGCUGACUUUGCUUGCGCGGCGACAUGGACCGGAUGGCUAGCUCCAUGAAGCAGGUGCCCAACCCACUGCCCAAGGUGCUGAGCCGGCGCGGGGUCGGUGCGGGUCUGGAGGCGGCGGAGCGCGAGAGUUUCGAGCGGACUCAGACUGUCAGCAUCAAUAAGGCCAUUAAUACACAGGAAGUGGCUGUGAAGGAAAAACACGCCAGAACGUGCAUACUGGGCACCCACCAUGAGAAAGGGGCUCAGACCUUUUGGUCUGUUGUCAACCGACUGCCUCUCUCUAGCAACGCGGUGCUCUGCUGGAAGUUCUGCCAUGUGUUCCACAAACUCCUCCGGGAUGGACACCCAAACGUCCUGAAGGACUCUCUGAGAUACAAAAAUGAACUGAGCGACAUGAGCAGGAUGUGGGGCCACCUGAGUGAGGGGUAUGGACAGCUCUGCAGCAUCUACCUCAAACUGCUGAGAACGAAGAUGGAGUACCACACCAAAAAUCCCAGGUUCCCAGGCAACCUUCAGAUGAGUGACCGACAGCUGGACGAGGCUGGAGAAAGUGAUGUUAACAACUUUUUCCAGUUAACAGUGGAGAUGUUUGACUACCUGGAGUGUGAACUAAACCUCUUCCAAACUGUGUUCAACUCCUUGGACAUGUCCCGCUCUGUGUCAGUGACAACAGCUGGGCAGUGCCGCCUGGCCCCGCUGAUCCAGGUCAUAUUGGACUGUAGCCACCUCUAUGAUUACACUGUCAAGCUUCUCUUCAAACUCCACUCCUGUCUCCCAGCUGACACCCUGCAAGGCCACCGGGACCGCUUCAUGGAACAGUUCACAAAGUUGAAAGAUCUGUUCUACCGCUCCAGCAACCUACAGUACUUCAAGCGGCUCAUUCAGAUCCCCCAGCUGCCUGAGAACCCACCCAACUUCCUGCGAGCCUCUGCCCUGUCAGAACACAUCAGCCCCGUGGUGGUCAUCCCAGCCGAGGCCUCGUCCCCUGACAGCGAGCCAGUCUUAGAGAAGGAUGACCUCAUGGACAUGGAUGCCUCCCAGCAGAAUUUAUUUGACAACAAGUUUGAUGACAUCUUUGGCAGCUCGUUCAGCAGUGAUCCCUUCAAUUUCAACAGUCAGAACGGUGUGAACAAGGAUGAGAAGGACCACUUAAUCGAGCAGCUCUACAGAGAGAUCAGUGGGCUGAAGACGCAGCUGGAAAACGUGAAGACUGAGGGCCAGCGGGCCGUGCUGCAGUUGAAGGGCCGCAUCAGCGAGCUGGAAGCUGAGCUGGCUGAGCAGCAGCACCUGCGGCAGCAGGCGGCCGACGACUGCGAGUUCCUCCGGGCAGAGCUGGAUGAGCUCAAGAAGCAGCGAGAAGACACUGAGAAAGCUCAGCGGAGCCUCACGGAGAUAGAAAGGAAGGCCCAAGCCAAUGAACAGCGGUAUAGCAAGCUAAAGGAGAAGUACAGCGAGCUGGUUCAGAACCAUGCCGACCUGCUGCGGAAGAAUGCAGAGGUGACCAAACAGGUGUCUGUGGCCAGACAAGCCCAGGUGGAUUUGGAACGAGAGAAGAAAGAGCUGGAGAGUUCCUUGGAACGCAUAAGUGAGCAGGCCCAGCGGAAAACUCAAGAACAACUGGAAGUUCUAGAGAGCUUGAAGCAAGAACUUGCCACCAGCAAACAGGAGCUCCAGGUCCUUCAAGGCAGCCUGGAAACAUCUGCCCAGUCAGAAGCAAAGUGGACAACCCAGGUCACUGAGCUAGAGACAGAGCGUGACAGCUUGGUGAGUGUGGCGGCUCAUCGGGAGGAGGAACUCUCUGCUCUUCAGGAACAGCUGGAACACACCCAGCUCAAGCUGGCCAGUGCACAGGAAUCUGUGUGCCAGCUUGCAAAGCAACAACAGAAAACACUUCUGGUGGAGUCCAGGAAGGCUGCGGAGCAGGUGAUACGUGAGGCCUUAAGCCAGCUUGAGGAACCCACUCUCAUCAGCUGUGCUGGAUCUGCAGAUCACCUUCUCUCCACAGUCAAGUCUGUUUCCAGCUGCAUCGAGAAACUGGAAAAAAGCCGAAGCCAGUAUCUGGCCUGCCCAGAAGAUAUCGGUGGGCUUCUGCACUCAGUAACACUGCUUGCCCACUUGACCAGUGACACCCUGGCUUAUGGCAGUACCACCAGCCUUAGAGCCCCGCCAGAGCCUGCCGACUCAUUGGCUGAGGCCUGUAAGCAGUAUGGCAGUGAAACCCUCAUUUACCUGGCCUCCUUGGAGGAAGAGGGGACCCUCAAGAAUGCCGACAGCAUGGCCAUGAGGAACUGUCUCGACAAGAUCAAGGCUAUUGGCGAGGAGCUCCUGCCCAGGGGCCUGGACAUCAAACAGGAGGAGCUGGGGGACCUGGUGGACAAGGAGAUGGCUGCCACUUCAGCUGCCAUUGAGGCUGCCACAGCCAGGAUAGAGGAGAUGCUCAGCAAAUCCCGAGCGGGAGACACGGGAGUCAAAUUGGAGGUGAAUGAAAGGAUCCUUGGUUCCUGCACCAGCCUAAUGCAGACUAUUCAGGUCCUGAUUGUGGCCUCCAAGGACCUCCAGAGAGAGAUCGUGGAGAGCGGCAGGGGUACAGCAUCCCCUAAAGAGUUUUAUGCCAAGAACUCUCGGUGGACGGAAGGACUCAUCUCAGCUUCUAAAGCUGUGGGCUGGGGAGCUACUGUCAUGGUGGAUGCAGCUGAUCUGGUGGUACAAGGCAGAGGGAAAUUUGAGGAGCUAAUGGUGUGUUCGCAUGAAAUUGCUGCUAGUACAGCCCAGCUUGUGGCUGCAUCCAAGGUGAAAGCUGAUAAGGACAGCCCCAACCUAGCCCAGCUGCAGCAGGCCUCUCGGAGAGUGAACCACGCCACUGCUGGGGUCGUGGCCUCCACCAUUUCCGGCAAAUCACAGAUUGAGGAGACAGACAAUAUGGACUUCUCAAGCAUGACACUGACGCAGAUCAAACGCCAAGAGAUGGAUUCCCAGGUGAGGGUGCUGGAGCUAGAGAAUGAGCUGCAGAAGGAGCGUCAGAAGCUGGGGGAGCUCCGAAAGAAGCACUACGAGCUCGCCGGCGUCGCUGAGGGCUGGGAGGAAGGAACAGAAGCAUCUCCACCUACACUGCAAGAAGCAGUAACCGAAAAGGAAUAGAGCCAAACCAACGCCCCAUAUGUCAGUUCUUUCCCGUUUCAUCAUUUGCACAAACUUGUGAGCAUCAGAGGGCUUGUGGAUUCCAAACCAGAACACUAGCCUGGCCUGUGCACAGCAGAAGGACAGCAGGAGUGUCCUGGCUGAGAAUACUGAGGCAGUCCCCCCUCUAUUUGCAAUUCUGUGGAUUCCCGCUGCUUCUUACGGUGGUUGGUUGGGCUUUUUGGUUUUAUUUUUUAAAGUUUCACUCACAUAGCCAACUCUCUCGAAGGGCAUGGCCCUGGAGCUCUGAGUCCUCUGGUGCCCACAGCAUGGCUGUCCCUGCCACGGUGCUGCUCAAGCUUCCCUUGGUGCUCACCUCAGCCUCAUGCCCUGCCACCCACGGCCACUCUCCAGGGUGGGUGGAGCUGCUGAGUAAUAGCUUUCCUCAAAGGCAGAAGCGGAGCGAGUGCCUUUCCUUCCUAAAGCUGGAGCCCAGCUGAAAGCCUCUGGCCAUCUUCACAUGUGAGAGGGCAACUGAAAGAGGAGAGAGGUGGGUGCACCCAGCCCAGGUCUUCAGGGGACACCUUGCUUAGGAACUCCUAUGACCAGGCUCAGAAACCUUAUCCCAUGCUUGAACGGAGCUGGUGAGAGUCACAACACUGCUUGCCCUGGAGCGAACUGUCCAUGCAACGUCACGUGGACCACCGUCCUUCACACCUAGGCAGGGCCCGAAGAGGGAGUGUGUGAGGGGUUUCUAAUUCCUUUCUCCACGUGUCUGCCUUGACAUCCUCUUGAAUCUGAGGAAGACAGUUCCAUAUUCUACCUACGACAGGCCCAGAAGAUCAGACACACUUGUUCCCACAAUAGAACACUGUGCUUGGUUUGGUGCCCUUAAUAUUUAUUACUAACCUCCUUUAAGCAGCAGCAGCCCGUAAAAAGACACUUGGAGCAAUCGGGAUUUAACGUGUGACUAUGGCAUGGCUUGCACUGUUGCCCCGCCAUGUAGGCCUUCAAGAUCACAACAAGGCCCAGAUGCCAUCCCUGGACUGUUACUGGCCUGGGUCCCAAAGCAAGCAGGUUCCUCAAAGCAUCUGGGUCAGGGAAGACAAGAAAGGGGAACCACCGGCUCUGACUCCUUCCAGCCACACAUGGUUCCAGGGCACAUGAGGACAGAGGGCACACGCACAGCCUCCUAGAGACCAGCAGCCUGACAGCACUUUGCCACUUCCAAAUGGACCCCAGCAUUUAAGUGACCUUCCAAUCUUGGAAAACAAUGUCUUCCUUCUUUAUCUGUAGCAACUCAUAGGUAGUAGCUGUCUGUCCCAAGGACCUGUCUGUCCCAAAGGAACAUGGCUAAGUUUUGCUACAUGACAGGUUGUGAGACUUCUGUUUGAUCACUGUGAAUAAGCCCUCCUCUUCCUAACCCACCCCCCCGACUUCCUCUCUGUACAGUUUCUAAGUGGGACACUCAGAAAUCUGUCUCCCAGGAACUCAGAUUACCUUACUCAGAUGUGUGACCUCCGUACUAGGCUAAGGAGGUAUCAGCAGUAGAAAUUGGGCAGUCUUAUGUUUAAUGCUUCUUUGUGCUCAGUGUUUUUCCAUUCUGAGGCUCAGUUGUGCCAGGUAAGCCAGUCAGUGUGUUCUCAGUGUGGUCAGCAUGUCCUCACUUCUGGAGUCAUGGCCAUUCACACUCAUGCUACAAUUGCCGUGCAGGGGGAAUCUAGUAUAUUGGGCCAGAUUAAGAUUCUCUGAAUAACACUGCCUCUAAAAGGAAGCCACAGAAAUUUUGAAAAUCUUUUUGGUCUUAACCUGUAUAAUAAAACGGUUUAGAAAGCACUUAAACAGGAGCACAGGCUAAUUCAGUCUUAACGCUAGGAAAUACCUGUCAGAUUUAGUGUAAUUACUUUCCUAAUAGCUCAGAUUAGAAACUAGUCCAUUCUCUAGCCAAAAUCCAACUGUCCUAUUUUGGCUAUUCUGAAAAUGAGUGCGUUAUACUUGGUGUGAAAUGCCUUUGAUUAAAACAAGAAUCACAUCUUAGAGCUAAAAAUGAACCUCACAGCCUUUUAAAUGAGUCACUGAGCGUCAUUAGUGGCUGAAGUCUCAUGGGUGAGUGUAAAUGGGUCAUAAUAAGGUAGGACAGUUCAGGAUUGAUAAGAGGUUGAAAUACAGCUGCAUCUGUUAUUUAAUUUUGUUAUACAGUGCUCUAAUACCUCUAGAGUAAGGAUAUUUGUAUAUGCAAUAAGAAAAAAGAAGAAAAGACCUACCUUUGUGGGGUUAUUUUGUGUCUGAGUAAGGAGUUUGAAUGAGACUGUAAUUUAGAUUGUUUGCUGAUUCUGCUGCCCACAGAUCCCCCUAGGAUCCCACCUGAAUAUGAGUUCUUAACCCAGUGGCUGGAAGAACCAAACACUAUCCAGAGCAUCCUUUCUUGGAAUCAUUUCAGCCACCAAAUCGGACACAUACGUUUAUACCAGGCAGCACAGGGAUCCCAAGUACAUGUCUUUUCAGUCAGGUUAGUUUGCUUUAGCCUCUGGCCCCUGAAGAGGAACUGGUUUUCUGCUUGCACCUGGGAAGUUCUCACUUCUUGACCAACUCCUUCAUCUAGAGGGGUUUCCUGGCUCCACUUUACCUUAGUCUUUAACAGCUAGUAAAUGUCUUGCUACCUUCUACCACCUUUCCAAAUCUCUGGAAAUCCUUCCUGCCAGUGAAAGCCUUCGGUCCCCACAUUGGCCUUCCAAGCAGACUGGCUCUGCCCUCUCUUUGCCAUCCUUGGUCCUCCAGAGACCAUGCUACCUGUAGCAUAGAUAACCACCACCAGGAGCCUGCCAGCCAGCAGCACAGCAAGCCAGACCAGUUGCUAACUGCUCAAUUCCUUUGUCUCCCAGGUUCAGGCCAAAUAUAGGGUCAGUAACACACAGCAGUGUGGCAACACCUCUCACCCUGGGAGCCAAAGCAGCAGGAAACAAUGGUUAGACGUCAUUGGGUUCAAUUCUGAGAGGAGAUUUUUCCAGACAUGUCUUUCAGGUGACCCUCAACUACCUCAGGUUUGAAGCCCCUAAAUUAAGCUGAUUACCACUCAUAGGGACAAACCGAGGGGUUCGGUUAAAUCUUGGUGAUAACAAAUUUGUCUCAAACUUAUAACAAACUCUUUCACAUCUAGGUUUGCAGGGAUAGGGUUGGGUUUUUCUUUUUUUUUUUUUUUUUUUUCCCUCACCUUUUCCCCAAUUUCCUGUUAGAAUAGUUCCUAUAAAUUUCAUUUUUCACUGAGUGCCUACCUUCCCAGGGCAGGUAGCCACUGGCUUUUGUUUCCUUCCAACAAUACUUUUAUUAUGCUAUUAAGACCUUUUUUGUAUAAUACAUUGCAUCUGUGUUUUCAAUUUUUCAAAUAAAUAUUUCAGCCUGGCAAUAGAGAGUAGUGGUGAUAACCGACCAAGCAAAGUGGCUGUGAGGUCAACAUUCCAGUGAAAAGCCUGCAUCUGGAAACUGAGGUUCAUGGAGUGCACUUAGCUCUGUGCCUUUUGGAAUAUGGCUGAGAAACAUUA